GCUUUUCAGUCUUAGCUCCAGAUUGACAGCGGCAGACUCGUCUCCUUUGUUAGCUUGGAAGGCAUCAAGAAAGACAGAUCUGCGUCCAUGCAAUAGCAUAUUUUUUUUGGAAAAUGAUCAUCUGUACGAAUAAAAUGGAGUACCCCCUAAGAACUCAAUCCAAGCGAGUCCAGAAACAGGUAAUCGGUGAAAAGGAGCAAGUGUCCCUGCUGUUCAUGAAAGCUCUGGUCAGCAGGGGGAGCAUGGAUGCCGUGUCUCAACAGAUGGCGUCUCAUCCACAAUACUUGGAGAGCUUCCUGCGCACACAGCAUUACAUCCUGCACAUGGAUGGGCCCCUGCCACUGCCGUACCGCCAUUACAUCGCAAUCAUGGCUGCAGCGCGGCACCGAUGUAGCUACUUGGUGUGCCUGCACUCGGUCCGCUUUCUGAGGGUAGGUGGGGACCCUUUGUGGUUACAGGGGUUGGAAGCAGCACCCCUCCGCCUUCGCCUUCUUGACCAUAUCAACAAGGUGCUAGCUCACCAACCCUGGCUCAUUGCGUUCUCACACAUCCAGACGCUGCUGAAGUCGGGCGAGCAGUGCUGGUCUCUUGCUGAGCUGGUCCAGGCUGUGGUGAUUCUGGCCCACUGCCACUCACUGUGCAGCUUUGUGUUUGGAUCCGGCACAGACUCAGACUUUGUCUCCCUCUCCAAAUCUCCUAAUGGAACCCCUCCACCCUUCUGCCCCCUUGAUGCUGCCAAUGGCAACACCAGUGUGCCUCAGUCGCUCAUCUCUCCGUCUGAGCACAUAGCACGACGACAGCCUUUGGACUCCGGCUGCGACACUAUGUGUCAAAAGGACAGGAGUCAAAAGUCUCAGGAGGAGAGGAGAGAAGAAUGUUUUAUGCAGACCCAGACACUCCAGCAAACAGACACUGACGAGGAGGAGGAGAUGAUAUACUUUGCAGACCCGGUGCGUUUUAUCACAGACCCUGACUUUUGCUAUCAGGAGUUUGCCCGUAGGGAGGAGGACCACUUCCAAGUGUUUCGAAUUCAGGACUAUUCUUGGGAGGACCACGGCUUCUCUUUAGUUAACAGAUUGUACUCUGACAUCGGGCAUCUGUUGGACAACAGAUUCCGCAGUGUCACCUCCCUCCCAUCAGUGCACAGUCCAGAUCUGAAGAGGGCCAUCUGGAAUUACAUCCACUGUGUGCUAGGAAUCCGCUAUGAUGAUUAUGAUUAUGGAGAAGUCAACCAGUUGCUGCAGCGGGAUCUAAAGCUGUACCUUAAGGCUGUGGCCUGUUUUCCCAAUGCUACCAAAACCUCCCUGUGUCCGUUGAGUUGGGCUCCACUCAAACCUUCCGAACAGAUUCACGUGAAUUUACUCAUCAUGGAGGCUCGGCUGCAGGCAGAGCUUCUGUAUGCGCUGAGAGCCAUCACUCAGUACAUGAUCGGUUAAGUGCUGCAAGUAGCAUGGACUCGAACUCUGCACCGGUACAGAGAGACCAAGAGAGGAAGAUGGAAAUUCAAGCACGAGAUGGUAAAGUGGGAGCGAGAGGCACUUUUAAGGACACAUAACAUUUAUCAUCUGUGCCUCAUAAAUGUGCUUAUUUUCUUUUUCUAUAUUUAUACCAUAAUGUGCCACCCCAUCUUCAGAUCCUUUAUUGUGAAGUCCUCGUAUCAAAUGUUUUGGUUUUCAAAGGUUAUGUGCAAUUACUAGAACUGUUAAAAAAAAAAAAAAAAUCAUGUUCCAGCUUGGUCUGAAACUGCUUAGUUGUAAUAGUGUGUUACAAAACACUCCUUUUUUUUUUUUUGAUCAGUUUUCUUCCAGUAAUAAUUCCCCCACCCCCACUACCCAUUUGUGGUGGGUUGGACAAUCCUUGUCAGUGUUGGAUGACAGUAAGCAAACUUUAAAGAGUUUUGCUGUCAAACCUCUGUAACAUUUCGUAUUAAUGCUGAUCAAGAACAAAUGUGUCACUGCUGGGAGUUCGGUCAUCACUAGUUUCUUUUAUUAAGCACUUUUAAAGAAAAAACUUUAUAUUUCUAAAGCUAGGUAGCUCUAAUUGAGGAUAUGUAACAGUGUUUUAGAAUUGUCCAGUUUUCAAACUUUGCUUUUGUUUCAGCUAUGAAUUUUUGAGUAGUUAUAAGAUCCCUAAAACUUUCAAUGAUUUCUAAAUAGGUU